GUCCUAUAAGAUCACUCUCUUCCAUCUUUCUACCUACAUCCAUCGUCCUAUCACACUUGCUACCACCACUCUUCAAGAAAGCCUACCAACCUCUCAACACCACAUCUCCCAUCAUUAGUACUCGACAAACUAUGGCAGUCUUUUCAAUCUUCGAACUCGAGCAGCCAUUUCAGACCGAGAAGCUAGACCAGGUCCGAACGGGCAAGGUCAAGAAGGUCUUUGGCGGCAAGGCUCUUUCUGCCAUUUACAAAGUCCCCCACAAGGAGGCUAUCAAAGUCUCAAAACUAGGCUGCGAAGGUGAUGAACACCAUUACGAAUUCCAUGGCGGGCCAGACAAAGCCCUCCUGCAUUACUGCUCCCGACAUUACGACUCGUGGAAGGCGGAGCUACCUUCAAGCACCCACCUCUUCUCCUCGGGCGGCUUCGGUGAAAAUCUUGUCAGCCGCUACGCCAACGAACGGAAUAUAUGCAUUGGGGACAUCCUUUCCAUCGGAGAAGAGCUCAUCGUACAGGUUAGCGAACCGAGGGCACCAUGUUACAAGCUUAAUCAUCGCUUUGAGGUGAAGGAUAUGUCGCUGCGGUGCCAGACUCUAGCUCGUACCGGCUGGUUAUAUCGGAUUCUGCAAGAAGGGUCUAUUCGGCCUGGCGACGAGAUCAAAAUGCUCAAGCGGCUGAACCCAAAAUGGACUGUUGCAGCUGUGCAACACUACCUCUACAUCGAAAUGAAUAAUGUGGAUAUGAUGAAAGAGAUUGUAGUCCUCGAAGAGCUUGGCGAAGACAUCAAGAAGAUCUUCCGGAAUCGACUCAAUAAGAAGUUCGAGGAUCAGCAGGCGCGUCUCCUAGGCGACGAUUCGAUGGUGUUGAACACCUGGUCUGAGUACCGGAUUGCAGAGAAGCAGAUGGAAACCCCGCAAAUUGCUUCAUUCGUUCUGGAAGCGGUAGAGCCAGCCGAGUCUCCCGCGGCUGUUCAGCCCGGCUCCCACGUCCGGCUCAAGCUUGGUGGCAAGCUCGUCCGAGCUUAUUCAGUAAUUGGUGGAACGGAAAACCGUUUCGAACUUGGAAUCGCCUUCGAUGCGAACAGUCGAGGUGGUUCGAAGUUCCUGCAUGAGAAAACCAAGCGUGGCGAUACCCUCACCGUUGGGAACAUAACCACCAGCUUUCCCCUAUCGAAGAGAGCUGAUCACCACAUUAUUAUUGCUGGUGGAAUUGGCAUCACUGCCUUCCUUGCGGCAGCUCAGUUCCUGGAAUCAACUGGUAUGAGCUACAGCUUCCAUCUUGCGGUCGCCUCAGAUGUCCCUUUCCGACGAUACCUGGAUCCUCUCGGCGAUAAAGUCACGAUUUACAGCAAAUUCCAGGGAAAUCGAAUGGACAUCCCGACAGUUCUUGCCAGGGGGGAUGACAAUACGCACGUCUAUUGCUGUGGACCCGAGCGUCUCAUGGAAGGCGUCACAAACGCUGCUGAAGGAAUUGGACUCCCGAAGAGCAACAUUCACUUUGAGACUUUCCAAAUCUCGGCCUCUGGAGAUCCAUUCACUGCAGAUCUCACCAUUAGCAAGAAAAAGAUUGAGGUAGAUGCAUCCAAGAGCUUGUUGGACGCACUACGAGAGACCGGGUUCGACAUACCCUCUUCAUGCGAAGCUGGCAAUUGCGGCACGUGUCAGGUUACUGUUUGCGGGGGAAGGAUCGAGCAUCGGGGGACUGGCUUGACUGAUGAGGAAAAGGAGAAUACGAUGCUGAGUUGUGUUUCUCGGGGCAUUGGGGAAGUCUCGCUGGAGCUGUAAUGGUUUCAUGCUAAUACCACGUCUGGCUUUUUCUUCAAUUUUCUGCAUCCCUCUUCUAGAUAUCCCAAAUUUCAACGUCGGCAUUCAUGGUUCCCGAAGGCCGUGGUAUACUAAGUCAAUCUAUGUGUAUUCAGUCGCAGUCAAUCUUUGCUGUUGCUUCCAGACUCAAUUAUGUGUGUACAAGAACUUGAUUCUACCCAAGCUCAAUCGCUCCUGUCAUUCUUUUUCUACGUCUAGGAAACAGCUCCCAUGUUCAAAGUCCACAACGCUCAAUAAGAUGUGUACCUAACAUACAGACCAAUAGGCUGCACCAAAUUGCGUUCGUUCGAUAUGAUGCCAGAGGUAUCGUUGAU